UAUACUUGAAACUUGAAUGUUGAAACUUGAAACCCCCUGCGUUAAUGUGUUUAUACUUUAUAGAAAGCAAACCUGAACUAAACGUCGAUACCCGCUCUCCUGAAUCCUGAUCUUGUCUUGACUUAAAUCUCUUAGUCUCAGUUUUCGAUUCCUACUUGCAUCAAAUAUGGAACCAUCAACUCACCUGAAAAAAGCCAUUAAUGAAAUCCUCGUUGAGAUACAGACAAUGUUCGGAGAUCGUUCCUCGGGUGAAACCGAAAUGAAGGAGCUAGUGAAAAAGAUCAAAGAUGAGAUCGAAAAAAGCGACGUGAAAGCCUCAGUUAUUUUGAAGCAACGUCUUGGCAAGGUUCUGACGGAUAUGGAGGACUUGGAUGGCGAAUCCUCUUCCAACUUUGCCUCGAGAAUGCGUUGCAUCCCAGUCGGUUCUUCAAAGAGUCGCCUCAACGAUGCUGAAAAAAAACAAGUUCUGGAGGACCUUGAACGCGUUGCACACAAGGCAAAGUAUCUGAAUGGAGAGAGGAAGGAAUUGGUGGGUGAAUCUGAGGAGGAUUUGGAAUUGGUUGGGAGAGAAAAGGAAAAGGAGGAUAUUGUAGAUCAACUCGUGUUGCUGAGGAGGAGCGGAGAUGAGAGAAGCCAUGUCCCUGUGAUUACCAUUGCAGGGCUUAAAGGAAUAGGAAAGACAAAACUUUCCCGCCAUGUCUGCGAGGUUGAGAAAGUCAGAAAACAUGUUGGCUUGCCAGCUUGGGUCAUUGGUACCAAACAUAACAGUACCUUUGAGGCAGACUCCAUCGCAAAACAGGUCAUUCGGUCAGUGGUACCGGUAGCAGCUACUGUACCAUCUCAAAAAAUUCUCAACAUACUUGUAAUUCUGGAUGGUUGGAGAGUUGAGAUUGAAGACAAAGAUGUGAAGGCGUUGCAAGAGAAGGUAAAGGAGCAUUGGAGAGUUGAGAUUGAAAGCAUAGAUGUGAACGCGUUGCAGGAGAAGGUGAAGGAGAUUUGGAGAGUUGAGAUUGAAGGCAUACAUGUGAAGGCGUUGCAGGAGAAGUUGAAGGAGGAUGGAAUAGUUGAGAAUGAGAUUCUAGAUGUGAAGGUGUUGCAGGAGAAGGUAAAGGAGCUUUGGGGAGUUGAGAUUGAAGACAAAGAUGUGAAGGCUUUGCAGGAGAAAUUGAAGAAGAAGGGGAGAGUUGAGAUUGGAAAUGAGGAGGCGUUGCUGAAGAAGGUAAAGGAGCAUAGGAGAGCUCAGAUUGAAGGCGUAGAUCUGAAGGUGUUGCCGAAGAAGUUGAAGGAGGCUCAUCCACGUGUUAGGGCUAUCAUGAUAACUACACGUAGCUGUCUCGUGGUAAGGAAAAUUGGUGCUAGUCCGGUUAAGUCUUAUGUUUUGGCGGGACUUAAUGAAAAGGAAAGCGUGUCUUUGCUUGAGAAAACUCUUGGAAGAGGUGCAGGCGAUAAUGUGAGCGUCACAAAGAUUGUGGGGCAGUGCAGAGGCGUCCCUCUAGCUAUAAUAGCCAUGGCAAAAUGGCUCCACUCUCCUCGUUCCCAAGAAUUGACGCCAGAGGAGCAACUGAUGUGCUCCUAUUACGACGAGGGGUUUCCCCACUUAUGCUUCGCUUAUUUUUCCUUGUUUCCUCAGGAUUUCUUGUUUGAUGCGGAGAGGUUAAUUCAUCUCUGGAUGGCAGAAGGGUUUCUUGGCUCAGAACCAGAAAAAACCGGGCGUAGAUAUUUGAGGGACUUGGUUGGAAAAUCCAUGUUUCAAGACGUGAAGGUGGACGAGUUUGGCGAAGUGAGAAGCUUCAAAUUGCACCCGCUAAUGCAUGGCAAAGCAAGAUUGGUGGCCGAUAGGGAGAAUAUCACAAUGGAUCCAGUCGGGCACAAGGUUCACCGUAAAGUCGAGCGAGUCUCGUUUGAUUUGAGCUUAGACUUUUUGCGAGGAAUUCCACCUUCUCUUUUUGACAAGGCGAAACAGUUGACAAGCAUUCUUUUCUUCACCAACACACAGUCUCGACUUCCUAUGCAGUUGGAUAUGUGCACGUUGGUUCUUGAAAAUAUCUUCAAGAGCUUCAAGAGCCUGAGCGUAUUGGAUCUCCGUGACUUGGGGAUCGUGGCGGUGCCAAGCUCUAUUGGAGACCUGAAGGAAUUGGUGUAUCUGGAUCUGUCCCAAAAUAAUAUGGAGAAGCUCCCUAAUUCCAUCGCCAAGCUUUCCAAGUUACAAACUUUGAAAUUGUCUCGUUGUUACUCGCUCAAAGAAUUGCCCAAGGACUUUGAGAAUCUACCUCAACUCAAGCAUCUUGACAUGGAAGGAUGCCUUGGUAUAACUUUCUUGCCUCCCGAAAAGACCAAGCUGACUUCUCUGCAGACAUUGUCUGCUUUUGUGAAUAUCAAGAUCGACCACAUUGUAGGCCUUGAUGACCUUGCAAAUAUUAACAAAUUGAGAGGACAGUUGCAAAUUAGGGUCACCAAGUCCUUGGAAGAGAAAGACCAACACCUUCAGCACCUAAAACUAACAUGGGAUCUCGAUCCGAAUCUCGUGGUUGAAGCGGAGAAAGGAAAACGCCCUCAGGCACCACUGGAUCGUCUCAAGUCCCAUUCUGCCCUAGGAUUACUAAUCCUUGUGGGCAACAUAAACGUAGGUCCCAGCCUUUCUACUUGGCUCACUUCCGGUUCCAAUAUUCAAUUCAAAUGCCUUGUUAAGUUAAGCUUGCAGGAUUGUCCCGGAUGCACAUAUCUCUCAGAACAGGAUCAACUCCCACAACUCAAGAUUCUCGAACUUCUAAGGUUGGACAAUUUGGUGUACAUAGCACAAAAGUGUAACAAAGAGGCAGUUUUCUAUAAAACCCUGGAGGAGUUGACAAUCUCGGAUUGCCCAAAACUCAAAAGUUGGUGGCAAGGGGAGAUAAAGGUAAAUGAAAGGCCAGUCUUUGGUAGCAUUUCAACGCUACAUGUCCAUCAUUGCCCUAACUUAACAUGCAUGCCUCUCUAUCCUCGUCUUGAGGGUUCCACUUCUAGCAGUUUUGGUAAAGAGCUGGUCCUUGAGGGUUCCAGCUUAAAAUUGUUGUUGGACACUAGGUCCGUGAGUGUAAACUACCCCAUUCCCCUUGAGAACCUUCACAUUCAAAAUUGCAAUCAUUUAGAAAAUUUGUGUGAUGCUUUCCAACAUCUGAGUUCACUCCAGCGUCUUACAAUUGAGAACUGCGGGAAGAUUAAUCUUGAUGGGGAAAACAAUCAAUGGGAGGGCCUGAAAAGCCUACGUUGUCUCACGAUAAGAGAAAUUCCAAUUGAGUCCCUUUCAUUUGGGGACAACGUUAUCACUCUGCGAGAACUCACCGUUCAUAACUGUGAGGGGUUAACUUCCAUUUCGGAUAGCAUUGGCAAACUCACAUCACUUCGGAGACUGGAGAUUUCUAAAUGCAACAAGUUGAAGUCGCUGCCCAAAGAAAUGAAAAAACUCCAGUCUCUAAAAACCUUGAUCAUUUUGGACUGCACCUUGUUACUGCCAAGGUGUCAGCGGGAAACCGGCGAUGAUUGGCCACAAAUUAGUCACAUAACACAUAUCCAAGUGAAGUAGACUUUUCAAGACUUCUAUACUUAAGCGAAGACAGGUUCAGCUUGUUCUAGUCGGGUUUUCGGAAUGAAGGGGACAUGAUGAUGAAUGCACGCAUGCUGAAUUCUGUGCUACUUUUGCGAAUAAGAAGAGAAAGAAGUAAUUUACAUGAUAAGUAAUCAGUAAUAUGAUGCAGAAAAAAAUGUAUUGAAGUCUUCACAUGUAAUUACCUUGCUCGUAAUCAUGUUACAAGAAGAAAUAUUGCUUCCUACAAGACAAACCAAAAUCUUUCUUUUAGCAUUGAAUUGUCUAUUUUUUUGUAAAUGUAUUGAGCCUGUUUUCACUUGGGUGGAAUU